AUGGACGAGGACGAGGUGUUGUUUGAGUUUGACGCGGACGCGCCGGAGGCCCCGUCGAGCGAGGACGGGGCGACGACGACGAUGGCGUCGAGCGCGGUCGCGACGGUGGAAGAAGACGAAGAAGACGCGAGCGAUGACGCUGGAAACGUCGCGAUGGACGACGGCCUGGACGUGGUGACGGUGAACGUGGACGACGGUAAGCGCAUGUUGGAGCGCGAGUCGUACGUGUUCGUGGACUGUCGCUCGUGGAAGGAGUACGAUAGACAGCACAUCACCAAGCCGCCGCAGCAGACGAUCAACGUCCCGCUCGCGGACGGUGAUCUCGCGGAGUCGUGGGCGAAACGAGCGACGGAGAAGACUCGACCGUCGAUGAAGCUCUUGAUCGCCGACGCCGACGGUGCGCGAGCGAGAGAACUCACCAAGGCGUUGCAGGAUCAAGGGUACGCGAACUGCGUCGCCGUCGAGGGUGGGUACGAGGGAUGGACCGCGAAGUACACCACGUUUGGUCGACCGGUACCGCCGAAGGGUCGCUUCGUGAGCACGGGCAAGGAAGCCCUGAAAUCUGGCCUUGACUUGGACGACACCGUCGCGGCGGCGUACGAGGAAAACUGGGGCAAGGCGCCCCCGAAGUACGGAGCCGAGGCCACGUGA